AUGGAAAACAGCCUUUCGUACACGUUACAGGCAUUUCGAAUACACAGUAAUGCCUUCGGCCUUACCAAUGUGCCAGCCACCUUCCAAAACUUUAUCAAUGACAGCAUCUUUGACUACCUUGACAUGUUCUGUACAGCCUACCUUGACGAUAUUCUUUGCUAUAGCGACACCCUCGAAGAAUAUCAGGACAUAUCGUUCGGAUGGACACCCAAAGCCCAAGCUGCCUUCAACGCCUUCAAGGGAGCCUUCACAACCGUCUCCAUCUUUAUCAAUUUCGACCUCGAGAAGGAAAUUACUGUAGAAACCAAUGUGUCUGACUACGUCUCUGACGUGGACUCUCCCAAUAUGAUGAUAAUGGUACCCUUCGACCCGUCUCAUACUUCUCAAAAAAGUACUUCCCCGCCGAAUGCAACUACGAGAUUUAUGACAAAGUUUUACUGGCGAUCAUUCGAUCAUUUGAAGAAUGGCGACUGGAGCUUAAGGGACAUAUCACACGCCGAAUGCACCGAGGUUGAAUGCCGAUUGCUCUACCGAGGUAGCAUAUAUGUACCUUAUUACAACCCUCUGAAACUCCGGAUUCUCAAACUAUACCACGACGCUCUCUCCGCCGGACACUCUGGGCGCGAAAAAACAUUUGAACUCAUCAGUCGACACUACUACUGGCCCCUUAUGCGGAAUUAUAUUGCCCGCUAUGUUUGGAACUGCCACACCUGUCAACGAAGUAAACCCAACACUUAUGGAAAACUCCGCGUACUUCGACUUUUACCAAUCCCCGAACAACGAUGGCAAGAGGUAUCAAUGGACUUCAUUAAUGGCCUACCGGAGAGUGAAGGUUACGACGCAAUCAUGGUAAUUGUUGACCGAUUAACAAAGAGGCGACAUUUUCAACCCUGCAACACCACCGUCAACUCGAAGGACGUUGCCGAGUUAUAA